AAAGUAAGAAACCAACAUUGUUCGGCUAUUCAAAUAGCGAACAGAUGGACUAUGUACAUUAGAAUGGAACCGGAAGGAGAGAGCCUAUAUCUGUCUAUAAUCUUAAUAUCAUAUCGGCAACGGGGAAGAGUAGCCUGUGGGGAGAGAAAUACAUGCACUGUUGAUUUCAGGAAACAAAAAGAAACUCUAUCUUUUGCAGCUUUUAAUACAUUCCUCAGUAAAUCACAUAAUUUGGUCACAUCAAUUGGCCAUUUCCAGUGUUGAACAAAAGACUAAACAGUGUACGGAUGGCAAUAUAUCCCUCAAAUUCUUAGUACAUUACAAAAUUCACUACCAUAGUUAUCUAAUUCAGAGAUAAAACACAAGAAAACUACUGCAAUUGGAUAUAAAUUUAACAUCUUCCACAAAGUAAUCUUUUUCCAUCUCACAAUCAAAUAUGAAUCACAGACAAAAAAAAAAAAAAAAAGCUCAGAAGGGAUACCCAAAAACAGAGCCCUUAACUUAUGCAAACCAUUACGGGGGUAGGCAGAGUCAGUAAACCAACAAAAGAAAAAUGAAACCUGAAUACAAACUGUAACGUGGGCAAACGAUCAAACCAAUUGACAUAGUAUGCAAAUUAUCAGGAGAUAGAUGGAUACUCUCGAUACUCAAGUGUAGUUGUCAAUCUUAAUAUCAUGUUUACUUGUGUUAUUCUGAAUGUACUUUGAAUUCACAAAGCAGAGGUUCGACAUAGUAUGCAAAUUAUCAAUCCAAUUGAUAUCGUAGAUAUGGCUUUACAAUUUGGUUUGUUCAUUCUCUGGCCUUUCUUUAUUUUUUUUAUGAUAAGAGAUUUAGCUAUUUUUCCGAGUGAUAACUCAUGUGUAGCAAUUGAUGACUGUUUAACCGUUUUAGACAGCUAAAUAUUUACACAGAUUAGACUUCGAUUCAUACUUUCAUUACAGGACAUAUCAGUGAUACCUUCCUAAAUGAAAGUGAAUCUGCAAGUUUGCAACUUUCAUGAACAAUAGAAUCCAUUCUUCCUUAUCCUAAAUUUGUUGGCAGUCGAAUCACACAGAUGUAGUUCCUACUGGCAAGCUUUUCAUUUUCUUUAUUCCGUUUCUAGUUCUUCAUUUUUUUUAAAAAAAAAUUUUGAUCAUAUAAUGUUUGCUAAGAAGUAGGAACCAAAUUACUGUAAAAAAGAAAUGAACCAUUUUGAUUAUAGAUUUGAUUAGACUGGUUACAAUGAAUAAAGUAGUUUAUGCUGCAUCAUCCCAGCCAUGUCUUGCUGAAACAUAUUAUCUCUGCACCACUUCUGACUAGCUUCCUACGGUCUGAAAUCAUUUUUGUAUAUGUCUGCAAUAUGAGUUCUGAAUCAUAUUCAAACCUUUAAACAUUUAUAGUUUCUUUUCGAAGGUUUAACAUUUGAUCGUCCUCUUUCCAAAUAGUCCAAUCUACAAUUAGCUACACAUUCCUGAACACAGCUUACGGUCAAACUGGCUGAAAACAGAAAAAAGUUCCUCAAAUUUGUCGAGCCCAAUGUAUAUGCAGAAGAACAAAUUUUGGUAAUUAGAGGUUAAAAUAGAUUAUGUUAAUUAAUUUGCAAAUGUUGUUUGCUAAAGAAAAAGAAGAGCUACAUUAUCCUAAUGAACUCCUAAUGAUGUAAAUGCAAACAUGUCAUUUCCAUCAUAUUCACAACACGUUUUUGAUCAAAGCAAAAAUCCAAUUUCUUCGCCAUCAAAACCAGUGUAAAGCAUCUUUGUUUUCAAAAGUUCCUCAAAUUUGCCAGAGCCUGAUGUAUAUGCAGAAGAACAAACUUUGGCACUUAGAGGCCUGUGCACUUGAAUGUUGUCAUAUGACUAUGAGAUGCAUACGCGGGGAAAACAUGGGUUGUUAAAAAAGAUUAUCUUAAUUAAUUUGCAAUAUUUUUGCUAAAGAUAAAGAAUAGCUACAUUAUCCUAAUGAACUCCUAAUGAUGUAAAUGCAAAGAUAUCAGGAAAAGUGGUUCAAUUUAAGAUCAUAUGUGUAUAACGGAAUUUUUGAGUAUUGUCACAGGGAACUGAGCAAAAACCGAACUACUUUGGCCAACUGGCAACCUCCCUCAUUGAAAGAUAAAUUCAAAGCCAGAAACUCCCUUUAAAAAUCCCAAUCAGUCCACAUUGAUAUGAACAACGCGUGAAUGUCCCACCGGUCAAAUUAUUAAGAGCAUAAAAACCAUUAAUAAUGAAUCCAAAAUCCAAAAACCAUUCAUUUUUAUAACAUAACACUUUUUGUAGCAUAAUAUCGAACACGUGGAACACACUAAACGUGCAUUCGAAAUUGGAUUUGUUGCCAAAUUUUUCAGCCAGGCACAAAACUACGCAAAGGUAUUUUUACACGGAAGAAGCAAAACUAUGUAUAAAGUUGAAGUGUAAUACUGCAGUUCCCACACACCUUACCUCCUCUGCCCAAUAAUUGUCAUUUUUUUACUCACAGUCACAAAACAUGCAAGUCCCGUUAGCAGAACAAGCAAUGGUUAUUUUGGCACCUUCCCAACAUCGAAACACAAAUUCAAAGCAGUGGCAAAACCCCUUUAAAAUUUCCAAUGAGUCCAAAUUGAUAUGAGCCAUCGGAGAACAUCCCGUUGAUCAAAGUAUUAAGAAUAUAAAACCCAUUAACAACUAAUCCUAUAUUACCGUUUAAAAAAUAAAAAAAAAAUUAAAAAAAUCCCUAUAUCGAACACUUUCAACACACUAAACAUACACAUUCAAGAUUGGAUUUGUUGUCAAUUUUGUGGCCAAACAAAAAACCAGACAUAGGUCUUUUUCACACGGAGAAAAAAAUCUAAGAGUAACAAGAGCUAACCUUUACUUUGGCACCAGGAAAAUUGGCUUUGCUAUCGCGGUCUUCAGAUUGGGGAAACAACACUGAACUAAAAUUUGAAAGGAAUGGAAGAAUUUAUUUGACGAGAAAAUACAACUGGCAACCGAAGGAGAAGGUCAGGUUCGAAAAAAAGAAAGGCCAAAUGGAGAAAAAGAGGGUCCAAUCACACGCCGCCACGUCAGUGCUUACCACCUGCAACGUACCGAAAAAGUGCUUCCGCGCUUUAUUAUAUAUGUAGAGAAGAUUUGUACAGAUUUUGAUUAUCCUAAAACAGGAAGAACAGAACAGAAGAGCGAAUUGCAUCUUUCUUUGGAGCUUAAAGUUGGCUGUGAUAAUGGAAGCUACUAAAUCUUGUUUACCAUCGCCAUUUCCAUCUAUUUCUUCCCAACAAUCCCUUUUCUCCUGGAGGAGAAAUGGAGGUUUGAGAGUUACCCGAGCAAAAUUGUCAGAACCAAAUGCGAGGAGAGCAAACCUUUCUGCCAAAAAGAAAGAAAGAAUAUUGGUGCCAAGUUAUAGCAAGAUUGGCAGGGGCAACAUGGUGUUCCAUAUUAGUGAAUUUCUCAAUCAUCCCUCGGGUAUUGAAGCAGUGCUGAAUACAAGGGCUUUGCAUAGUAUUGAAUCCCUAGAUUGCAAUCUGUACAGGUGUGUUCUACCACAAAUUCAGCUUCUGAACUUUGAAGUAGCCCCUGUUUUGGACUUACAAGUGACAUCAACUAAAGAAGAUUGUACCGUUGAGAUGUUGUCUUGCAAGUUUGAGGGAUCAGAACUUAUGGAGAAUCAGAAUGACCGCUUUGCAGGUAUUUCAGUGAAACUAAUCGCUGUCCUUAUUAUAGAAGUAAAAUGAUGUGUGACACAGAUGGAUUAAAACAGUAACAUGUGGACUGCCACUUGGGGAACCACAUUUUUUUCUAUUGGAGCAAAAUGAUAUUAGAUGUUUAAUUGGUGUAUUAAAAAUCAGUCUUAUUCACUUUUGAAUUCAGUAUUUUCUUAAUCAAUUUGAACUUUAAAUACGUUGUUAUUUACACUGAAGUCUCUUACUUGAGUCAAAGUUGGUUUUGCUUAAUGCAAUGAUGGUAAUUAGCUUCACAGUUUCUGUCUUCUAUUUUAUAAUAGGGACAUGAUUUUCCAACGUUGCCUUGCAGCAUUCACUAAUAGGAUUUAGGAAGUUUGAUCAGCCUGUAUCAACUGAAAGGAAUUUGUUCCUAUAUAGCUGAGUAUUUUCAGUAGAAAAUGCUGUCGAUUGAGUUGAAUUUAUCUUUGUUUUAAAAAAUUUGAUUGCACAGGCAUCUGAAAGCUAUACGGUCGUUAUGUACCGAAAAAAAAGGAGAAAGAAGCUAUACAGUCGUUCUUAAAAAUUUUCCAUAGUACCAUGUGGGCACAUAAAAAAUAGUCCUGUAUCAUGUCUUAGAAAUGUGGCUUUUAGAUCAAUGAUAGCCAAAUCCUAGAGAGAUCGGAUCUCAGAUGUCUUUAAAGAUAAUAGUAUUCAAAGUUUAAGAUUUUCUGGUUUAGCAGUCCCUAUUUUCAGUAAAUGUAAAUGGUCAUUUGUUUUUUUCUUUCUGCAUGUACAGCAUCUAUGAGGAACCACAUAACGUGGGCAACUAUUGAUUCUGAAUCCUUUCUGGAUGUUGACGUGAAGUUAAAUAUUACUCUCGAAGUGAGUUCCUGUUAACUGUAACAUGUUCUUGGUUGUGACUUACUCAUGACAUGGAUACAGAGAUUUUGUUUGGGCAGAUUGAACUAUAGCUAAGAGUGACUCAUGUCUUAUUUUAAGAAUAGGCAGCAGUAAAUAUGGACUUUCGUACUCUAUUGAGGCAUGCUUAGGAGGUAUUUCAUUUGUGAACUGAAUAAGCAUUUGUGUAUUUCCAUUUUGCGUGAAGAUAUUUGGAAAGAGAAGUCUUUAGUGAUAGUAUGAUGUUCAAAUGAUAAAUCCUAUGCUCUCUGCCUGAAUUUUGUCACUCUGGAGUGCAAACCCCUUUCAAUGAUUCGUGCACAAGCACUCGGGCUCAUGGAUAUUAGCAAGUACUGAUUUCUCCUGUGGUAUUGUUUUUUGAAGGUAUCUUGUGAUGAUUGUAAAAUUUGUUGACUGCAUUUGAUUAGUAUAGCUACUGCAUCAGUGAAUGGAUGAUGAAAGUUUUCCAUUCAAAAUGUUUAGGGCUUUAUCUUGUCCUCUCUUUUUACUAGUGCAUAACUUAUUAAUCUUCUAAAAUUUCAGUCAUAGUUCUUGACGUUUGUUUUCAAGUUACUGGCUUAAACUUGUUGCAUGUUUUUGUUGGUGGUUUGUUUCUUCUAUUUUGUCCAGAUAUGUUUCUCUUCUUGCGUCUUUUCACUACCAGUUGAUUUUUUUGUCGGCAGAUCUAUACGUACCCAUUCACUUUUCUUCCAGAAUCUGCUGUUGAAGGACCAGGCAAUUUGUAAGUAUUUGAAAUAAACUUCUUGGUGCUAAAUUCAAGUAAAUUUGUGUUUGGACCAGAUGCAGUUAAGUUGUGUAUGGUUUGGUUGAGGAUUCACCUUGCAGAACAAACUAGUGCAACUCACGUUAACUGAAUCUCUAAUGUUUAAUGAUAGGAAAGUCCAGUAAAGAAUUGUCAAAAAUAUCUUCUCGAGACUCAGACUACUACUGUUCUGAGCAUCACACGGUUAAGGUGUUUCUGUCUAAAUGUAAUACGCUGCCUGCUCUGUGCUUCAUGAGUUGAGAUUUUCCCUCAUCCAAAUACCAAGUUCUAUGGGGAGGAACAUUCUAGUCACUUGGUUUCCCUCAUCUUUUUAAGCAGAUGUGCGGGCAUUGAUGAAUAUGACCUUGAAGGUCGUCUCCUAGAUAAGAUUACAACAGGAUGCUGGAUAAUGCAAAAGAUCUGGUCAUGAGGAAAGGGAGAAUCCUCUUUCGAAAAGUAUACAGAACUAUUUGUUAUUUGCACGCAUUCAAGCCUAGUAUAUCUUUGAAUGGUGUUUGCAUUUAGCUUUCAAAAUCGAACAGAUGGAGCAAAAAAAGAGACAUAAAUUCAAAGAUUCAUCCUUCAAAGACAGAACAAAGAAGAAAAAGUUAAAUCAGAUGAUAAUAAGGGGUUAAGUUCUGCAUAAGAAAGAGAGUUGCAUUAGGUUGACAACUAACAUAGAACUUUAUCUUACCCCAUACUAUUGAUCACAUAAAAUAGCUAAGAUAGGAGCUCGGCCGACUAAAGUGUCUUAUGAGAAAUUACUACGAACGUAUGAUUGUCCAUCUGAAGGGUUCAGUCUUUGUAGUUUGUUAAGGAUAUGUUCAAAAUUUUUCAACCUGAAGGAUUUCUUGUUUGCUUAUCUAGUCAUUUUUACUGUUCCUUCUAGUCCUGGUGUGUUGCUAUAAAAAAAUUUCUGAUUAGGUUUUGCUCUAUGUCUUAAGGCAUUACGUUAAGCUCAAUAUGUGCAAUGUACUUAUUUAACAUUUUCUCCUAAACUCUUGCUCCUUAAGUGAUGUUUGUUUUUCGAAAAUAGUCAGCAAAAUGGACUCUUAACUUGAGAGGGAACAACACCCACCCCCCCCCCCCUCCCCCACCCCUCUUUGUUUAAAAAAAAUCCACCCCAGUGGACUCGACUUAGGAUAAAAUCCCUUCGUGGGAAUUGAACCCGGGUCUACUCCUAGAAUACACAGCACCCUAACUAAACUGUUAUUCAAUUCCCCCGAGGGAACCCCUCUUGUUUAUCAAACUAACAUUGAAUCAUAUACAUGAUUGAAGGAUGAUGCAAGCUCUGGUGGACCGACUUGUACCACUUCAUGUACAGCAAUUGCUAUCAGAUUACGAUAAGUGGGUUCGUAAGCAAUUGGAAGCCUUGCAAUGAUAAGCUGUUCUCAGAAUACACAGCAGAGUUCAUGUUUAACAAAAACUUUGAGGUUUAUAAAAUUUUCAAUUUAUGUGCUCGAAAUUUUUUUCUUCUGUAUCCAAGUCCUGAUUCUCUGCCAUUGAUGGUUCUUCCAUAGCUGACAUAUAAAUGUGCUUAAAAGAAAUUUCUUUGCUUUUUGGUGUAAAAUAAUGUACAGAAGGAAUUCACUUUUCUUUACUACGUAAAACUUUUUUACGUUGAGAGUAAAUUGACUUUAUUCUUCGCUGUUCUGUUAUUGAUAUGUUUAUUUUUGAUGGAGAAGGCGGCUUUUGAGUGAGAAAAAUUGACCUUGAUAUGCUAGGCCAGCUGGAAACUGACAGUGGCAGUUUUAGUGCCUAAGAAAUUUGGUAUACAAUACUUUAUCCUUCAUAUGCCUUCGAUACCUUCUGUUUUGCCUUCAUCGAGGUGGGACAUUAGGAAUGACCAUCAGUUUUAGCGUGAAGCUUGGUGCGUGUUUUCAAUGAAUCCUUUAUUGUGCAGAAUCUGCCUAUAGUUGUUAGUGAUGAUAAGAUAGUUACAAUUGAGUGACUACUUUUCUUAGCCGCAAUUGUGCCACUAAUUUAUUGGUUGUUAAUUAGAUAAUAACAAAUACUGUAUAAAAUUUAGUAAUUGAAUUACUCUCGUAAGGUGUUGUGAGAAGUAGCUGUCUGUUAUCAUCCACAAAUUUGUAGCUAUUUCUAUUUGUAGCAACCAUAUCUUUCUUCUUUGCACAUUCCAGGUAUCUUUAGUUUUUCUUAGGAGAACCGGCGGACAUCGAGGUUCUUAUGAAAUCUGGCGGAUAUUGGGUACACCUGAUUGUCUUGGCACUUCCUCGUGAUAGCUGUAUAAUGCACUGUCGAAUUUUGUGAUUCAAGGCGAACUGGUGUCCCUUCCAUGAGCAAUGAGCAAUCUGUCCAUCUGAAGUUGGAGGAGAUCAAUGAUCUUGAGAUAACAGGCAUGCAAAAGAUCAGAUAAAUCAUCGCAUAUGGUGUACAACUGUAUAUAUAGUGUCGAAGUUCUGAAAAUGAUCGUUUAUGAUAGUCAACAGGAAUUGUCUAGAAUCAAACUUGGACUCUCUGUGUCUGCUCUCCUCCUCUAUUACAAAGAAUAAUGCAUGGGAAGGAAAAAAGGGAAAUUAAUGAAAUCAUAGACAAUCCUUCUGGCAUUGAUCAAACAAUAAAAUAAAAUUAUAAAUUUC